AUGAACCACUUUGCGACAGGUGUGCCCGGUGAUCUUGUGGAAGAGUGUCGUGCGUCAAUGGUUUACAAUAACAUGGAUUUAUCUCGUUUUAUGGUGCAUUAUCAACAAGUUGAAGAGAGUAGACUUAAGAGGAAGAAUAGGGAGGUCAAGAGGGCAAGUCUCUAUGAAGGAGGUAUUUCUAAGGGUAAGUUUGAUAUCCAAGACAAACCAAAAUUUAAGAAAAGAUUCUCCAACCAAGCUCCUCCGAAUUUCUCAAAGGCUAGAAAGGAUUGGGUUUCUAAACCUAGGCCUCAAGGGGGAAAAGUGGUGAUUCACAAAAUGAGAAAUCAAAUUGUGCCAAAUGUUGUAAGAAAUAUAUGGCUAAAUUCUCUAGUGGGUACGGAUAAUUAUUUUGGUUGUGGAAAGCGUGGUCACAUGGUGAGAGAUUGUCCCAUGUCCAAGACUCAAGGGAGGGAUAUUAAUAAAGCACAAGCAAGUGGUCUUAAUUAUGAUUCUCAUGAGAAAAACCACUUUUAUGCUCUCCAAUCUAGGGAUGAUCAAGAGGAUUCUCUCGAUGUUGUUACAGGACAAGAGUAG